AUGGCUGUCUCCUGCUUCCAGCUGCCCGUCUGGUUCUGCUUCUCGCUCAUCUGCCUCGUCCGCUCGGUCGUCCCCCUGGCCUGGCUCUACUUCCUCUCGAGCCUCUCCAGCUAUCUGCUGCCCGCCCAGCGCCCCAGCCACCAAGCCCAGAACCAACACCAUCCGAAGGGGUCUGCACUCCUCUUCUUCCUCUCGGCCAUCGAGGUCGCCUUCUCGAUCUAUUACCUUUACUGUGCCCGGCUCGUCCAACGAAGGGUCGCCCACUUCGAACACCCCACCUCAUUCAUCCGCACCACCAUCAAUCGGAUCGUCGGCAGCGGGCUCAGACCAGCCCACAGCAAUCCGCAAUCCGGCUGCUCUUCAAACCCGACCAACUCCGCCUCUGGUUCACCAGACUCUGCUGACCAACAGCCCCCUCCUGAUCCUCUCUUGACAAUCCCCCAGAUCUAUCCUUCCCGGCCCAACUCACCCUCAGGCCUCGCGCCGGACGCUCUGCUAGCCUACGACGAUCCCGCGGCGAUCGACUUCCGGUCGAACCAGGUGCUCUGGUUCCAGAACUGUCGCUGGGAUGAGAUCCGGAAAGACAACAUGCUGGAGUGGCUGGCCUGGUCUCUAUUCAGCAUGCCGCUCGAAGAAGUCAGACUGGAGGACGAGCAGAUGGAGCUGAAGGCGGAGCCGCGCUCGAAUCUGCUCGAGGAGAUCCUGAUCCGCUUCGAGAACCGGGCCGGUGCCCGGCUCCAGCCUGGCUACAAUCCAAAGCUGGCCAAUCGAGUCAUCCGGCUCACGCUCGAUCCGAUCAAGAUCCAAAUGCGGCCCCUGGGACUCUAUCUCCUCUCUAACCUCGGCAGCCUCGCGCUCAAACAUUACCUCAGAAAAGCCGGCUUCAAGCACGCCCAGUGCACCCAUCGCUGCCCUCAAGGCUUGGAGUACUUGAUCCGGAAACCAGCCGGCUGGGAUAACCUCCCCGUCGAAAGUCGCCCGAUACCACUUAUCAUUGCCCACGGACUAGGAAUUGGUUUCUGUCAGUAUGGGGCCUUCCUGAGCUACAUCGCCAAUGCACCUUGGGCGCGCAAUAAACCCAUCGUGAUCUUGCUCCAGCCGUCCAUCUCCCAAGAAGUAUUUUCUUCUCAGCACCUCAGACCGCCCAGCAAAGAGACGCUUGCCACCGACGUGAUCCAGUUGAUUUAUACCGAAAAAUUUGCCGAGGUGGGCGUUGAAUUGCUGGGCCAUUCUAUGGGUACCAUCGUUAUUGCUUGGGUUGUCAAAGCUCUCUCAAACAAGGGAAUCAUCAAGCGGAUGUGCUUGAUAGAUCCAGUUUGCUUUUGUACGGAGCCACACGUUUGCUACAACUUCCUGUACUCGAAACCGCGGACGGGGAUCGAGAGGAUGAUCCGAUACUUUGUGGGGACCGAGUUGGGGGUGGCCCACCACCUGCACCGGUACUUCGAAUGGCGCUCGAACAUCCUGUGGCCGUUCGAGAUCCCCGGGUUCAGCGAUCCGAAGCGGUUCCAAGUGUUCUUGUCCGAGAAGGACUCGAUCCUGGACGCUGGCCGGGUCAAGAAGUAUCUGGUGUCCAACGGGAUGCAGGACUCGGUUGGGAUCUUCACCGCCCAGGGCGCGGCGCAUGGCGAAAGCAUCAUCGAGAUGGGCCGGCACUUCGACCUGGUCAAGGAAUGGCUGGAAGCGCGUGUCUGUUGA